AUGCAAUGGUGUAUACCAAAUGUACCCCUAGAUGUACAAGAAAAAAUUCAACAUGAACAUUUUCCUGAUCAACGAAAACGAUGGUCGAAAACAUCUGGUUUUUAUUUAACACAAAAUUCACUUAAAAUUCGUCACACAAUAUCAACAACAAUUGAUAUUAUUGAAAAAUCUCCUUCAUUUGUCAGCCUUAAUCGAUAUGAUGGUGUUGCACUUGAUCAUUCUGAAGUAAAAAAUGUUAUACAAGUAUUUACAACAAUAACUGGACAUGAACAUCAUUUUGAUGGUGCUAGAAGUCUUCUUUCAUCUAUUGAGGAUUUAGCUAAAACAGAUAUUACUGAUAUCGUAGUACUUGAUACACUUUGUCAAAGUCGAAUAUGA